AUGGGUCCAGCCGGCAAGACAACGCGCCCGGAGCCCAGCUCGGCUGCAGCGUGGCUAGCACAUCUUGAUAUAUUGCGGCACUUCAUAUCUUCGGACCUUGAAACGGCGCUGAUUCUCGAGGACGAUGUGGACUGGGAUCUGCGCAUUAAAGACCAGAUGCGGCUCGUUUCAGAUAACGUUCGUGCCUUUGGCCGCAGCUACGACAAGAGUGGGCACCAGCUGAAUGAGUCCAAUGGCCCAAUGAUGGCCAUGAGGGUCAAGCAGUACGCCGAAAAAUACAUAUGGGACUUCUACAAACUGGCAACCCGCGCAAACCUCGACGAAGCCAUGAAGGUCAGCAUGAGGCCGUCGAAGCGGCACGAGAGGCCUACGAACUCCGACCCCGGGAACGAGCUGGCGGACACCGAGGAGGACGAGGCGGCGGCCGCGGAGGGCAAGUCCAAGGAAGGGCGGGGCAAGUCACCGAGGCAAGACUCUGCUUCAACUGCAACAGCCCGGAGCACAUUGCCCGCAACUGCCCCCAGCCUCCAAGAACGGCGCGGCGCCCCAAGGGCGAGGAGGGCGGACGCCCUAGGCCCAAGGCAGGCAGGCGGAGGCACGUGA